AUGGGCAGCAGAGUUCACACUGGAAAAACAUAUGAGUGUAGUGACUGUGGGAAGUCCUUCAGUCAAAGGCCUAACCUCACUAAACACCAGAGAUUUCACACUGGAGAAAGGCCAUAUGAGUGCAAUGAAUGUGGGAAGUCCUUCAGUCAAAAGUGUGACUUCACUGUACACCACAGAGUUCACACUGGAGAAAAGCCAUAUGAGUGUAGUGACUGUGGGAAGUCCUUCAGUCAAAGGUGUAACCUCACUAAACACCACAGAGUUCACACUGGAGAAAAGCCAUAUGAGUGUAGUGACUGUGGGAAGUCCUUCAGUCAAAGGUGUAACCUCACUAAACACCACAGAGUUCACACUGGAGAAAGGCCAUAUGAGUGCAGUGAAUGUGGGAAGCAUUUCAGUUCAAGGUCUAUCCUCACUGUACACCACAGAGUUCAUACUGGAGAAAAGCCAUAUGAGUGCAGUGAAUGUGGAAAGCAUUUCAGUGAUAGGUCUAAGCUCACUAUACACCACAGAGUUCACACUGGAGAAAAGCCAUAUGAGUGUAGUGAAUGUGGGAAGCAUUUCAGGGAAAGAGCUGCCCUCACUAUACACCACAGAGUUCACACUGGAGAAAAGCCAUAUGAGUGUAGUGAAUGUGGGAAGCAUUUCAGGGAAAGAGCUGCCCUCACUAUACACCACAGAGUUCACACUGGAGAAAAGCCAUAUGAGUGUAGUGAAUGUGGGAAGCAUUUCAGGGAAAGGGCUGCCCUCACUAAUCACCAAAGAGGAUGUUCCCACUUCAGCUUGGACACGCUCUGUUUUUCCCCGGAGUUGGUAGAGGGGAGCCCCAAGAAAGGUCCUGGGAGGGACUGGGGUUCUGUGUCUGCCUGA